UGCAGACAGAGCCACUGGCACUCCUUAACUGUGCAAAAGCAGGUUUAUAAUUACGUCUUUUGAUUAAAUUUCACGAAAUCGGCACACUGUCAACAAUAGCAUUCAAGUCAGGCACGCUUGUAACACCGACAUCCCCAAAGAAGAACUCUCCGACAACGGCACGAGCUACAAUGACCGACGUUAUCAUCAGGGUAGCAACUGUUGAGGAUACAGAGGCAGUUGCAACACUUAUUCACGGCCUUUUGACGGAGUUAUGGCAAGGAAAAGGUCCUACGCUAGAGUCUAUGCUACCAACAACCCGCAUGGUGCUAGCAGACAAAGCUGUGAUGGCAGCACUGGCCCUCGUGGACGGCAAGCCAGUAGGCGUAGUGACUAUCAACGAAUGCACCGCCGUAUACGCAGGAGGCAAGUUUGGGGAGAUUUGUGAGCUAUAUGUGCUGGCCGAGAUGCGAUCCAAGGGCGUAGCACCGCAUCUAGUCAAGUACGCCGAGCAGGUAUCGCGAGACAAAGGGUGGAAGCGGUUGGAGGUUUGCGCUCCCCCGCAGCCGGCAUGGAGCCGCAGCGUUGAUUUCUACGAGAAGAACGGCUUCCGCAAGCUGGGGCCGCGAUUGUGCAUGGAUAUUAAAUAGAUGCGGGGAACUGCGCGUUGUCUAUAAAAACAUGCAAUAUAUCUAUGUAUAUAGCACUAUGGAAAGCAGGCGUAGGACGGAGACCCCGUCAGCCAACCUGCCAUCAGUGACGUCGCCAUGCAACGAGCCAAUACUGGAUUGCGCCAAGAUACAAGCCACCAAACUGAGCGAGUGCACCGAUUUGCAAAUGGAAACAGAACGUAUCUCCACUGUAAAAAU